AUGUUCGCUUUGCAAAUGGUUAACAACUACACAUCACUCUUCUACAUUGCUUUCGCUCGACCUGAAAACAACGGUUUUCAACCGAAUGGUCUUUUUGGCUUGGGCGAAAACUUUAAAGACGUUUGCAUGCCGGGAACGUGUGGCUCACUUUUAGCAGUUCAGCUGAUUUCUCAUAUGAUCAUUAAACCCCUCCCUAAGUUUACAAGUGAUAUUGUGAUACCGUACGUGAUGCGAAUUUUCCGACUGAGAAAAUGGUACUACCAAGAUCGACAGAAUAUGAAGGAUAUGUUGAACGAAGGCGACGAGACCAGCGUGCUCGUUCGAGAAUGGUUGAAACCAACAGCUGGAGAGUUCACUCAAGGCGAAUUUAAUGAAAAAAUCAUACUUUUCGGGACUACUAUGAUGUUUGCUGCACUGUUCCCUCUCGCGCCUUUGAUUGCUUUGAUUAUUGGACUAAUAGACCUUCGAGUAGAUGCUCUUCGUCUACUUUGGCUUAACCGAAGGCCGGUUCCAGUGCUGACGCAAGGUAUUUAUCUCCAACAUUUGUUUCCUCUUAGAUUGGCUGCAAUUUAA